AUGUCCUCUUGCAACAACUCCAUUCCUCAGCCUUUGGUAUUUAUCCUUGAUGGAAUCCCUGGUCUGGAAUCUUCCUAUGGUUGGUUCUCUGUGCCUUUUUUCUUGGUGUUUAUUAUUACAGUCAUUGGUAAUGUCACCAUUUUAUAUAUCAUCCGGAGGGAGAAGAGUCUUCACGAGCCCAUGUUUCUCCUCCUGGCCAUGCUGUCAGUGGUUGACCUAUCCCUGGUCGGUGUCACUGUGCCCCGCACGCUGGCUAUCUUCUGGUUGAAUGCCAAGGAAAUCAGCUUCAAUACUUGCCUCACGCAGAUGUUUUUCAUUCCUUCCUUUUAUGUCAUGGAGUCUGGGAUCCUCCUGGCCAUGGCUGUUGACAGAUUUGUGGCUAUCUGGAACCCUCUGAGAUAUACAACCAUCCUUGAUAACAACAUUCUUGUGAAGAUGGCACUGGCUGUCGUGGCAAGGGCAGUGGCAGUGCUGACCCCAGCACCCAUCCUUGCAAAAAGCCUGGGAAGCUUCCGAACUCAUGUUAUUGCUUACUCCUACUGUGCCUACAUGGCUGUGGUAAAAGUAGCCUGUGGAGAUGUUUCUAAUCACAUUGUCUAUGGCCUCAUGGUUGUUGUAGCAUCUGUGGGAUUUGAUCUGUUUUUUAUCAUUCUGUCCUAUGGAAUGAUCCUUCAUGCUGUCUUUCAGAUACAGUCUUGGGAGGCACGGAGCAAAGCUCUCAGCACAUGUGGCUCUCAUCUCUGUAUCAUUGCUCUCUUUUAUUCCCCUGUUGUCUUUUCAGUCCUGGCCCAGAUUUUAGGCUACUAUAUGGCUCCCCACCUACAGAUCAUCAUUGACAACCUAUACUUCCUGGUGCCUCCCAUGGUCAACCCCUUGAUUUAUGGGGCCCGAACCAAGCAAAUACAGGAACGGGUACUGCGGAUCCUCCACUGUCAUAGAGACCAAGGUUGA